GGACUGUCUGUUACUGAGGGGAAUUUAGAACACUGUCUGUUUAUAAUGGUAAAGAGGGCACUAUCAAGGUUUAAUGACUUGUUUACAUGUUUGAGAUAAAUCAAUGUACGGGCUUUGGAAUUACACGGUCGACGUCACAGCCAAUCAGCGUACAGCAUCGUUCACCUGUCCAAGUAAACAGGUAACAAACCUCGAGACAACAUUCCUACGUGCUCGAGCGUUUUCAUGUUUACAAACCUUUUAACCUCUUGUGUAUUUCUGAUCGCUUUUCCACCAACAUUUUGACUGUGUUAUUAUUUUUAUUUCAGUCAAAAUGUUUGUUUUGAACUGACGUAUAGGCUACUGAAGGAUUUUACAGUCUAUAAACUUUUCAUUAACAGAAGGAAACGGACUACUUGAUUUUUUUUUUUUGUUUUUGUUUUUUUGUUUGCUCUACACCGAAUGUUUUAUUUUGAACGCUUUGGAGAAAACAGCAAAGAAAAAAUUCCUGUCAGACUCGAACAAGCCGAAGUGAAGGGAGCAUCAUCUCUUCCACGCUUCUUUCGCUAUGGAUAUAUGACUGUCUGUUCAGCCUGACGGACUGACUUCGCAUUGGGAAUAUUCUGAGAAUGAUAAUGAAGAUGAAGAUGAAUGCUGCUGCGCUGCAGAUGCUCGCGCUGUGUCUCGCGCUCCGUUCACCUGCGCGCGCUCAGACGCAGGACGGGAAACCUGAAGUGGCGAUGUGUACAGGCACUCAGAACUUGUUGAGUGUGACAGGAACCUCUGAGGUCCAGUACAAGCUCAUGAAGGAGAUGUACACGGGCUGCCAGAUUGUCAUAGGAAACCUGGAGAUCACACAGAUGGAGCACAACCGUGAUUUCUCAUUCCUACAGUCUAUCCGUGAGGUAACAGGGUACAUCCUCAUCGCUAUAAACCAGUUCAGACGUUUACCGCUGGAACAGUUGCGAGUCAUUCGAGGGACGUCUCUGUAUGAAGAUCGGUUUGCUCUUGCCGUCCUCGUCAACUACCAGAAAGAUGGGGUGUAUGGACUAAAGGAGCUGGGCCUCACACACUUAACAGAGAUCCUGGAGGGGGGAGUGCAGAUCAUCCAGAAUAAAUUCUUGAGCUAUGCGCCGCAGAUUAACUGGUUAGAUAUUGUGAAGGACAGUGGAGCAGAAGUCAUCAUCAAAGACAAUGGACCAGAACUUCCCUGUCAUGGGUCUUGUGGGGCUCGGUGUUGGGGUCCAGGAAAUGACACUUGUCAAAUCUUGACGAAGACAGUGUGCGCACCGCAGUGUAACGGCCGCUGUUUCGGACGCAGCCCCAGCGAGUGCUGUCACAUAGAGUGUGCCGGGGGCUGCACCGGACCUCUCGACACCAACUGCUUUGCCUGCAGAAAUUUUAACAACUCAGGGUCGUGUGUGCCGCAGUGUCCCCAGGCUCUCAUCUAUAAUAAAGUGACGUUCAAAUUGGAACCGAAUCCUAAUGCAAAAUACCAGUUCGGCACGAUGUGUGUAGCACAUUGUCCUACUAACUUUGUUGUAGAUGGCAGUUCAUGUGUUAGCAGCUGUCCAGCAAACAAGAUGGAGGUGGAUAAAAAGGGGAUGAAAAGAUGUGAGCCGUGUGUGGGUCUCUGUCCAAAAGCAUGUUUUGGCACUGGUACACCUUCCAAACAGACCGUAGACUCACAGAACAUCGACAGCUUCAUAAACUGCACUAAAAUUCAGGGCAGCCUGCAUUUCCUUGUAACAGGAAUUAGAGGUGACAGUUACAAUAAUAUUAGUGCUCUUGAUCCAAAGAAACUGAAGAUCUUCAACACUGUCAGAGAGAUCACAGACAUUCUGAGUAUUCAGUCUUGGCCCGAAGAGUUGGAAGAUCUUUCUGUCUUCUCAAAUCUUGCAACAAUACAAGGACGAACACUGUACAGAGGAGUAAGCUCUAAGAGGGGUUACUCGCUUUUGGUGAUGAAGAUUCCUACGUUGAAGUCCCUAGGUCUUCGUUCUCUCAAGCGAAUUGGUGACGGAGGCAUCUACAUUACAGGAAAUAAGCAGCUCUGCUAUCACCACACAGUUAACUGGACACGUCUGUUCGGGAGCGGCCCCAGGGCGGUGCGCCGCCAGAAGUCCCUCGACAUCAAAGAGAACCACCCACAAGAGCUAUGCAUUGAAGAAGGGCAUGUGUGUGAUCCCUUGUGUUCAUCUGAGGGCUGCUGGGGUCCGGGACCCGAUCAGUGUCUGUCCUGCAAGAACUACAGCAGAGGAGGAACAUGUGUGCCACACUGCAACUUCCUGUCUGGUGAAAAACGAGAGUUUGCAGGACCUAAAGGAGAAUGUAUGCCUUGUCACCAGGAGUGUGCGGUGCAGGACAACAAACUCACCUGCAAAGGACCGGGUGCUGAUGAGUGUGAAGCAUGUGUGCAUUUGCAGGAUGGGCCUUACUGCGUGUCCUCGUGUCCAGAGGGGGUUCAGGGGGAAAACGGGCUCAUCAUUUAUAAGUUUGCCAGUGGCCAAUACAAAUGCCAACCGUGCCAUGCCAACUGCACCCUGGGAUGUUUGGGUCCAGGUCAGAACGAUUGUGUGGAUUCGUCCAGGUCGGCUGCUGGCUUGCCGGUGACAGCAAUAGUGCUGAGCGUUAUAUUCGGGGUGAUGGUCGCAUUCUCAGUGUUUGUGCUGAGCGUUCUUUAUCGCAGAAGUGUUGCCAUCCGCCAAAAACGUGCCAUGAGGAGAUAUCUUCAGAGUGGAGAGAGUUUUGAACCACUGGAUCCCGGAGAGAAAGGUGUGAAAGUACAUGCUCGGAUUUUGAGAGGGCCUGAACUACGAAAGAUCAAACCUCUUGGCUCUGGAGUGUUUGGCACUGUGCACAAGGGAGUUUGGAUACCCGAGGGAGACACAGUAAAGAUUCCAGUGGCUAUCAAGACUAUCCAAGACCGUACAGGACGACAGACCUUUCACGAACUUACAGAUCAUAUGUUGGCUAUGGGGAGUUUGGACCACCCGUAUAUAGUGCGGCUCUUAGGCAUCUGUCCGGGGCCCAGUCUACAGCUAGUCACUCAGCUCAGUCCACAGGGGUCGUUGCUGGAGCACAUCCGGCAGCGCAGAGAGGGACUCAACCCUCAGAGACUGCUCAACUGGUGUGUGCAGAUUGCCAAGGGUAUGUACUAUCUAGAGGAGCAGAGAAUGGUCCACAGGAACCUGGCUGCUCGCAACAUUCUGCUCAAGAGUGACUUUAUAGUUCAAAUAGCUGAUUAUGGCAUCGCUGACCUCCUUUACCCUGAUGACAAGAAAUACUUCUUCAAUGAAAUUAAGACGCCAAUUAAGUGGAUGGCCCUUGAAAGCAUCUUGUUCCGCAGAUAUACACACCAGAGUGAUGUAUGGAGCUAUGGUGUGACAGUCUGGGAAAUGAUGUCAUAUGGGGCAGAGCCUUACUCUGCCAUGCGACCACAAGAAGUACCUGAUCUGUUAGAGAAAGGGGAACGCCUUUCUCAACCUCAGAUCUGCACCAUCGAUGUCUACAUGGUCAUGGUCAAAUGUUGGAUGAUUGAUGAAAAUGUUCGGCCAACUUUCAAGGAGCUAGCCAAUGAGUUCACCCGAAUGGCCAGAGACCCUUCUCGGUAUCUUGUCAUCAAAGAGGAGUACAGGCCUGAAUCGGCCAUAGAUGAGUCAUAUCAGAGAGGAACUGAGAUGGACAUUCUAGGGGUGGCUCUGGAGGACCAGGAAGAUGAAGUCUCGGAAGAUGUAAUAGACAUGCAUCGCUAUGUAACGCCAUCUAGAAGCUUCUCUAGACUGCGUAUAGAUUCUCAUCGGUCAAGUCUGACUCCAUCCAGUAUCGCUGGAUAUCUACCAAUGACCCCUGGUCUGGAGAGCUCUGUGCAGACGACGGGAUGGGCAUCUCGUUCCCGUCUGGACUCUGCGUGCACUGUUUCUGUGAGCUCGGAGGGACAGGGAACUGCAGUGGAGCUGGAAAUAAAUGAGGACUUCCCAUUGGUUGGCAGCACGAGGAGGGUCACGCAUCGCGAGGACAGUGCUUACAUGUCACAGCGGGACAGCCUAUCAGGGCCUCCAGAAACAACCUCCACAGGGACUCAAGGAGAAGAGGACCAAAAUGAAUAUGUGUUGCCUGGAUUUGGUGAAAGUCCAGAGAAAGAAACUCUUCUAUUCUCAUCACGUGCAACACGUUCUCAAAGGAGACUGUCAAGAGGUCAUUCCGGUGACUUUUUAGAAGCCCACACCAGGGCAGGUGAAGAAUACGAGUAUAUGAACAACCAGACCCUCUCACUCUGCCAUAUACCAGGGCAGCUUAAAGACUCCAAUCAGCGACCGCCGCGAAACCGCAGUGCCUCCUUCAACCCUGCCGGGUUGUACAGCAAUCACAAACCUCAAGGAUCCGGCAGACCCAGUAAGAGAUCAUCGAUCGAAGGCUCAGAAAGUAGCGGGGGUCUCUCCCAGUCCUCGACUGAACAAAGAAGUCACAGCGACGGCGAUUUCCUGUCCAGUGAAGCAGAGUACACGGACGCUGAUCUGGAUCUUCAGGAGGUUCAGUACGAGUACAUGGACAUCCGUGGUGGAGGAGGAGGACCACCAAGCAACAUGGUACUCAAACUUCACCUCCAAAGACCAGAUUCCCACCCUCUUCUCAGAAGAUCGCCACAAGACGAUGAAGAUGAAUAUGUGGAGGAUGACUAUCAGUACACUAACCGCCAGCCUCGGCUGAGGAAUUCGCUCAGGGUGCAGGGGUUAAUGGAAGGGGAAGGAGAAGUGUAUGAAUACGAGGAUAUGGACUCAUUGGCUGCAGGUGGAGCCUCGGCAGCUGAAUACCAGAACAUGGAGGGAGAAGACGAGGAGAACGUUGGGCUGAGGGACAGAGAGUGUUCAGGGGGGCCCGGAGCGUAUGUAAAAGUGCAUGCAGGGAUGGAACAUAAAGCUUUUGAUAAUCCUGACUACUGGCACAGCAGGUCGUUUCAUAAAGCUAGCGCUGUCCGCACAUAGAAACGGAGAAUGGAUUGAAGGAUCUUGAUGCAAAUGAACAAAUGCAGGUUGAACUGUCUUCAGUGACCAAUGUUCAGGACAUUAUUCAAUAUUGCACUUCUUACUGGCAUAAAUCCAUGAUAAAAUUGAUACAACCAUGACAAAAUAAAUGUAUUUUAAUGUAAAAUGUAUUCUUGAUGUGGCAUUAAGUGGUUGAAAUAUCUUUAAGCCAGAGCAGCUUUGUUUCUUUUCUUAAAAAUAAAAGUUCUUUAUUGUCAUUGAUGGUUCCAUUAAGAAUCUUUCCAUUCCACAAAAGGUUCUCGAUAGUGGAAACUAUUAACAUUCUUUGGACUAAAAGGUUCUUUCAGACUAAGAAAAAAAUUGUGAAACCUUUAUUUUUAAGAGCAUAUGGUGGAGGUCCCAGAAUGACCAGAUUUAUGAGCUUCACAUUGAAAGCCCUGAUUUUUACAUCUGGAUUGUGUAUGUACAGUAAGUGUGGUUACUUAAAAUGUUCUGUUAAUGCCAAGUUUGUGUAACUCAUCAAGAGAAGCCAUAAGUUUGCUGUUUGUGCAUUUGAGAAUGAGUGUUCUUAAAUAUCUGUUAUAUUGUGUAUUCAUGAAGUGCCCAAUUCAGUCAACAGCUGUUACUGCCAUUCCACUGUGCAUCCUGCACACGAAUUAUCUUCCAAUGUCAAAUCUGGGGUAUUUGCAUUUGGAAUUUAAAAAAUGAUGAUGUGAUAAUGUCAGUUAAAUAGCAUAUUGAUUGAAUUUGGGUAAAGUUGUUUUUUUGAAUGGCGUUGUGUAUGCCUUAUGAGCAAAUCAUAAUGAAGUACUUGUAUUAUGUUUCAAAUGAAAUGGCCAGUAAACAAGCUUUUGCAACAAAACUAUAGUUUUAUACAUAUUAAACUAAAGUAUUUUCUCAGCUUUGUAACAGUUUGAAAUGAUUUUUAUUCACUGUUUGAAACCUGUUAUAUUACACUUUUAAUAAAAUGUUUCUAUAUAAACCUGAACAAAA